GGGGCACGGGGGGACACAGCCCGGCGCUGCACAGAGCCCCUGGGAUCGCUGUCCAGAACCUGGUCUGGGACACUGGAGCAGGGUGGCAUCUUCAUCUGGCUUCGUUGCUAUAAUGGUCAGUCAUAGAUGUCUCAGCAGAAGACAUGCAGAGGUGACCCAAAACCCCUUUCUAGGGGCUGACUGCAGGUGUAUGCAGGUUUGAGCCUGUUCUCUGGGUAGGCAGAGAAGGUCCCUAGAGAAUUUGGGUUAUUACAGAAAAGAAGUAGCCUUCACUUUGAAAGAACAGGAUUUCAGAAUUCUUGUGUUUAAUAAUUAAAAAUUCUCUCCUGCUGUUUGGGAAGGGUAUGAUAGUUUAACAGUUGAAUUUGUAUUAAUGCAAAGUCACAUGUUAUUCCUUAGCAGUUUGUCCAAAAAGAAGAAAUAGCCACUAAGAGCAGCAACGUACAGAUUGUCUCUUCCAGUCUGGUUAGGCAGGAACGAUGGAGACUGCUGAUGGAGAAAACUUGGGUGUAGCCACCUCCACCCCCUCUAAUGAGGAGUUUGAUAUAGUUGUUGGCUAUCUGGAAGAUAUCAUCAUGGAUGAUGAUUUCCAGCUAAUACAGAGGUCUUUUCUGGAGAAGCACUACCAGGAGUUUGAUGACUCAGAAGAAAAUAAGCUCAUCUAUACGGACAUUUUUAAUGAAUAUAUCUCUUUAGUAGAGAAAUACAUUGAAGAGAAGUUGCUUGAUCGCAUUCGUGGGUUCGACAUGGUCGCCUUCACAGUGUCCUUGCAACAGCGCAAAGAUGAAAUGCCAGGUGAUAUAUUUGAUCUGCUUCUCACAUUUACGGACUUCCUGGCUUUCAAAGAGAUGUUCUUGGAAUACAGAGCUGAAAAAGAAGGUCGAAGUCUGGACUUAAGCAGUGCGUUAGUGGUGACUUCAUUAAACCAUUAAACAAGUCA